AUGAUGACCUGCUUCCUUCUACUCUACUUGUGCACAGCUGCAACUCUUGUGGAAGAACCUUCCUGGUGCUUCUUGGGCUACAAUGCCAGCAACCUGCUUUAUUCUGUGAAGCAUUUUCAUGAUGACCUCGACCUGGUAUGGUGCUGUGGCCUCUGCUUCGAUGAUGGUAUCCGAAACCAGUCUACUCGGAGCAUCGUGGGAUAUUCGGCACUUAACAGGACAUGUGUGAGCUUACUUGUGUCGACCUCGCUUGAAAAAUGGCACGACGGGAAGACUUUUGUCCCAGAGGUAUGCGGGAAACUGGAGGAGCAUCCAGAUCAGGUCACAGAGGCGACAGUCUCCGAGCGUUCCUCCCCCCUGAGCCUUUGCGUCGUGGCGCCGUUGGAGAUCUCUUGGCUUCACAGAACCCCCCUCCCGCAUAGGAGCUCCCAAAGAGGGACUGCCUAUGUGUGGGAUCCCGUCACACUGCGAGAGUGCGUGGCUCUUGAAGGGCCGGCGGCACAGUUGUGCUGGUUGUUUAGUCACGGGGAGCGAGACGAGGAGGUGUGGGUCGAGAGGACUUUUGAGGGCCUGAAUAGCAGCCUGAUGGUUGUGCGACCUCUCUUCCCUGACCUCUGUGUCACUAUUCCCAACAAGAAUGACAGUGCUGUGUUCGUUUCUGGAGCAAGCCCUACCUAUCCAACGAAUACUAAUGUGACGUUCCUGGUUGUGACUGACAUUCAUGAUCCACUUGAAUUCCUGUGGAAUUUUGGAGACUCCACAACCGCCAAAACAAGCAGCAGGAAAAUCACCAAAAGAUACUCCACUCCUGGAGAGUAUAAUAUAACAGUGGUGAUGUCUGAUGGUCACAUCGCCUUCACCUCUGUUAUGUAUUCCAUACUCGUACAAAGCGAAGUGAAGCUCAACAAGCUGUUCCACCGGGCCUACGUUCUGCGGAACCAGGAGUUCACGGUGAGUUGCAGAGUCAAUUCCGGGAGCAACGUCACCUUCAUAUGGAGCUUCGGCGACGGGACGACAAGGGUGGGACAAAGUACUGAACAGCACACGUUCCUCAGGACCGGAGAGUUCCAAAUAGAAGUGACUGCGUCCAAUAAGGUCAGUUCUGCCUACAUGAGCAGCAUUAUCUUCGUCUUAGACCGCCCGUGUCAGCCUCCGCCUGUGAAGAACAUGGGCCCUCUGAAGAUACAGGUGCGACGACAUGACGUCAUACAUCUGGGGGUGUCUUACGAGGGUGACGUCGAAUGUGAUGUUUUGAGGGGCCUACGUUACACAUGGUCGUUGUUUAACUCCGCUGGGCACAUUUUGCCUGUUCCUGAUGCCCACAAGCAGAGUCUUGUACUGCCAGGUCAUCUGCUGCACUACGACACCUUCACUGCUACGGCCAAGGUCAAGGUAGUCGGUAGUGUGGUGUACAGCAACUACAGUGUGAGAGUUCAAGUGAUACCCAGCCCCCCUGUGGCCUCCAUCCAGGGCGGUACGAACUUCUUCAUUAACAACAAGAAUGGCACAAUGAUAAUGCUGGAUGGACAACAUUCCUAUAAUCCUGACUUCCCUAUGGAUCCCGUGAGAUUCGAAUGGCUGUGUGAACCAGUCAGCUCCAUCAAAAGUUCCUGCUUUAACCGCCAUGUUGCUACUAACGCUACCGCGCUCACCUUUCCCAUGAACUUCUUGAAACACAGCUUUGACCAGUUUCGUUUCACACUCACCGUCCACAGUGGAGAGCUGUCAGGUUCCACUGAGGCUUUUGUCACGUUAACGCCAAACGUGGUUGGGAGGAUCACUAUAUCCUGUCUCGAGUGUGAAGGAGACCAAGUAAACUGGGAUCAGUCCAUCUCAGUCAAAGCCACUUGUGAAGAUUGUGAGGUUCCACCAAACGGUACCCAGUACACCUGGACUUUACACUUGGUUAAUGCUUCCUCUAAACCUGUAUUAGAAGUCCCUUUUUGUAUUGCCAUUGACCUCAGUACCCCAUCCACCAUCAGAGGUAUGCAAAAUAUAAAUAACAGGCUAAAUAUGCGAGAGAAGCCUUCUUAUCAUUCCCAAGAGGAGUUUAGUCGUCUGGAUUCUCUGUACUCGACUGCCUUCGUGGAUGAUACCGUCCAUUUGGAUCAGAGGAAAAUUGGAAGGAAAUUUGAUAUUGAUUACGACUCCUCUACAGACUGGGAGAGUGCUGAUGGACAAGAUUAUAAUGUUGCUUUGCAAAUGGCAGAGGGAGAGCCUGGUAUCUCAGCAGGGAGACCAACAGCUGUCAAUGUUCAGAGCCUGGGACCAGGAGAUGACCCAUCGUUCGACCAAGCAUCACAUGACCUCGAGGGGAGCAACCUUUUGGAUUCCAGUCCACGAAUGGUGAUUCGGGACCAAACCUUGCUAGACCUUCCUCGGGAGCCUGUAGAGGCCGGGUUGUUUGCUUCCUACACCUACACAGGACUUAGCUCCGAGUUGCUUAGCGUCAUGCCUUUUAGUCUUAAGCCGGGCAACAUGUACAUGCUGGAAGUCAUAGCAAAAUCUCAAAGUAUUAUUUUAGGACGGACUCAACUGUUCUUUAGAACGAAGCCUGUUCCUAAAGGAAUGACUUGCCAGGUGCAACCAAGAAAAGGACUGGAGUUGUACACACACUUUAGCAUCUUCUGCACUUCAGGGAGAGAGGACUUACUGUACGAGUACAGUUUUAGUGUCGGCAGCAAACCUUCCAGAAUGUUGUACCAGGGGAGAAACUUCGAGUACUACUUCAGCCUCCCGUCUGGACAUCCCUCUAAUGACUAUAAAGUGACUGUAUAUACAAAAAUCAAAAGCAGCAUGCAUGGAUCAUCUACCAAAGUCUGCCCUGUAACUGUCCAAGUCCUGCCCAGCUUCCUCAGAAACGGUUCCUUCCAUAAUCCUGAUGUUGAGUUGUCCCAAUAUGGGCUAAACAACCUCUCUGCGCUGAUUAUGCUUGGGAACAAUGCAGAGAUUUGCAAUUAUGUGAGUUUGUUAUCCAGCAUCCUGAACAGACUCAGUUUGGACAGCCAGGCAAACCAACAGACUCAGAGGCAUAUGCGUAGUGUGCUCAUCAGCACUAUGUGCAAUCUGGAAAUUAGAGACCAGGACUCAAUGGUAGACAACAUAGGCAUUCUCAAAGAUCUUCUAAAAUUUACAAAACAAGUAACAUUAGCAGGUGUCAGACAAGUGGCUGCUCAUGUGAAGGCCAUCUCAGAGCAGCUUCCUGAACUCAGUGCUCCAAAACAAAUGGACCAGAGGACGCUUAAGAUGCUGGUCACCGUGUUAUCAUAUUGCCUGAGGGCUGCUGUCCCCGCUCAUAGUGUUGCUGAUGAUACAAGCAAGGUGGCAUCAGAACAACAAGAUGGAGUAAACCCAGGAAAGGACAUUACACAGCUGCUUGUGGAAAAUAUUCUACAAACCGCCACUGACCUGAUUCUGACGCACACCUUGUUCAACAGAAUCCAAGAGCACAGGGUCAGUGGUGGCCUCAUUUCCCUAUUUAUUUCACAACAGAACUCAUCAAUGUCAGUUAUCAGCAGUGACUCAGCAAUAUUUUACAUGCCUGCACCACUUAUUCAUUCUCUAAGAGGAGAGUGUAUUCUCAGUCUCAUUAAUGAACUCCAACACUCACCUUGGACCCGGACCCGCGAUCCUGUCAGGAUAGGUGGACCAGUCGUUGAAUUGAGUCUGUAUAAAUGCAGCACAGGGAGAAAAAUCGCAGUACGGUCGCUUGUUCAGCCAAUCGUUGUGGAGAUGCAAACAAGGAAAAACAAUAAGGAUGCCACACAUGACCAUGUCCUACUACGAAACCGCAUCAACUAUCACAGCUUCAACAUUACCCAGGAGCAUUUACAGCAGGCCAUCCAGUUGAGCGUAGCAUUCACGCUGCCACUCAAACGGCCAUUUCCCAUCAUGCUGCUUUUCCGGAUGUUUGCAAAACCGACCCCUAGCAUGCACCACCUACGUAAAGUUCACCUUUGGGAGACCAAUACCACUCGCAUCACCUUUCCUCAGUACUACCUCAAUACUCCAGGGGUUGGCUACCUGGCCUUAUUAAACAGCAACUUUGGUAAACCACUCAGACAUAAGCACCUGAGCAGCCAGAUCAAAUACACUUUAGCGCUGGACGCCAACCAGUGCUUGUCCUUUGACCGCUCAGUGGGGGCCUGGACUCAACUGAGCUGCAGUACACAACAAACAGAUAGAAGUGAUGCUGUUAACUGCAGUUGCCACCGUUUGAAGGCGCUAACCGUGGUGCAAAAUCAGAUUCUGACUUACUAUGAAGCAGAUGACCUGGACCCGUCACUUAGUGAGUCCAAUGAUUUGACUGUCUUGGUCGGCCUAUUGCUGUGUGCGUGUCUGUACAUCCCGACAUGGGUGGCUUGCAAACGAGAAGACAUCAUCUCCCAGAGGAAUCAGCGAGUCCACUACUUGAAUGACAACAGUCGACUGGAACCACAUCAUUAUGCUGUUACCAUCCACACUGGACUCUGCUCAGCGUACAGACUAAGUUCCAAAGUUUACAUAGCACUGUAUGGUGGCGAUGGCAAGUCACAGACUAGAGAACUGCACGUCCCAGGAUGCACUCUGUUCAGGAGGAACUCACGAGACACUUUUAUAAUCAGUGCGGCAGAUAGCCUUGGUCCAUUGUGGGGAGUCCACAUCUGGCAUGACAACUCAGGACUUUCGCCUCACUUGUACGUCAAACUCGUGGAAGUAUCUGAGCUUGGGCGAACUAACAUGGAGGAGCGAACGUGGCUCUUUGUGAGCCAGUGCUGGUUGUCUGUCAGCAAAGACGAUGGACAAGUGGAGAGAAUGCUUCGUGUUUGUACUCAUGGAAUUGGUCUGCAUCAGAUGUUACAACUCACUUUCUGCUCCUACAUGACUGACCUACACAUGUGGAUGUCUGUGUACAGCUGCCCCCGACCCCACUCAUUCACACAUAGGCAAAGACUUAGCGUUUGCCUCCUGCUAUUUGCGUUGUAUUCGUGUGUCAAUGCACUAAUCAUAUCCCAAAUGGAUGAAGUGCUGUAUUGUGAGGUGGGGAUGACUGCCUUAUCAUCCGUGUCUUUAACAACCGGAGCAUUAAGUGCAGCGGUGGCGUUGCCUGUGGCAACAUUGAUAACAUUACUCUUCCGAGUGCACAAAGUGAAGCUAACCGUGGAUGAGGGAGUAACACAGACUGAUCAGAACUUUUGUGAAGUGGAUGACACAGAGGCCUCCAAUCAGAAAUAUGAGGAUGUGGAGGAGCCGGUCGCAAGGGAUGUGUUUAACAAGGAAAGUGGAAUCCAGACAGAAGUUAUUCAGAAGCAGAAUGGUGAUCAAGAAGAAGCCAUUUCCAAGGAUGGAAGUGAGAGAGGCUGCUUUCGAAAUCGCAGGCAUCUUUGUGGUUUUAACAAGCUAAGCUGGAGUCAUGUGAGACCAAAUCGUCUGUGGUGUUACUACAUGGCCUGGGCAUUGUGCCUGUUCUUGUCCUUUGCUGCUCUACUGCUCUCUGCACUGUUGGGACUCAGGGAUUUGUGCUUCUUUGUUGCCAUGUUCCUCCUGAUGUUGUGCAUUUCCCGCGGCAGCUCAUUCAGCGACCACUACCGCCUGAAUAAUGCUGUCCGACAACAGUUUACUGGGUCUGAAGCCAUGUACAAACUGAAGGCCUUGCAGCGUGACGGUUGCGUGGUUCUGAAGGUACAAUUCACCGUGUACAGCCCUGCACCGGAUUUGUUCACCACUGCGACCCUACUAGCUGAGCAGAGCCCCACUGGCACCCUGUUGACUUCAGCCAUAGUCCAAUCAGUGAGGGUUUACUAUGCACUUACUACUUGGGACUAUGUUGUCUCUGUUUGUCAGCUGCUGUUCCUCUGCUUGGCUCUGAUGCAUCUUUGGGUUGAAAUCGGCGCUGCAUGGCAAAAAGGCUUGAUUGGAUAUUGUACAGCACCCUGCAACUGGCUGCAUGUAAUCCUUCACGUAGUGAUCUUCAUGAACUCCUAUCACGACAUUUACCGCUCAGUGGAGGCCAUGGAGAUUGUGGAGCUUCUGCAGAAAAACAAAGAACACUUGGAUAUCACCCUCCUGGCAGCAAGGGAACAACAUAUCCGCUCCCUUCAUGGUAUUCUGCUCCUUGUUCUCACUGUAAAGUGUGCGACCAUGCUGAAAGUGAACAAGAGGUCUAUGACCCUCUUGGCCCGCUCGCUGCCGAAUUUCAUGUCAGUUGUAAUCUUGCUGUUGGUUGUACGCUCCUUUCACACAUUGUUCUGUACCAGCUGGGACCACAAGGCCAUUGGCGGUCUCCUCCAUUAUGGACAUUCAUUCUUCGGCUUCCGAAGCCUCUGCCUAUGCUGUGCUGCUGUGAUGAUGGCUGUCAGGUCCUCAUCAGGCAGGAAAAGACUGCCAAGCAACAGGGAAGGUUGCACUUUGAUGGAAUUAUGCGACUACGUCAAACAGAUAGUUUGCAAUCUCACUGGAUACAAAGAACCAGCGAGGCCUCCUGCUGGUAGCAAGACUUACUACCUGGAAGCACUUGAAACUUCAGUGGAUGAGCUACUGCUCAGACUUAACAGGCUGCACAUCAUAUUGCCACCUGAGAAGUGCCAUUCGGUUCUAAGUUGUGCUCUGGAAAGCUCAUGA